AGAAGCGGGCAUAGUUUAAAAAGACAGGUGCGGCGUCGUUUUCCUUUUCUUUCUCUUAGCGUAGAAAUUAAAGUGGAAAUGUUUACGCCCAGGCAGAAAGGAUUUGGUCAUGGCUUUGCCCCUUCACCGCAUACGCCGCUCAGCUUCAGCCGGGAGCUGCGCCAAGUGCUGCAGGAGAGGAAUCUGCUCACUGCAAAGUCACGCAGGAAAGUCUGCUCCAUGCUGGACAGCAAUAAUAGCAGUCCCAUCGGCUCUCCCAAUCCGGAGUCAGGCAAGCGUUUGGGCUUCCGUCGGCAGGCCAUCCUGGAGAUCAUCUCGUCGGAGAAGUCCUAUCUGGAGCAACUGGAGUUGCUUAUGAACUACUUUGUGCGUCCGCUCAAAGAGCAAGCCAUAAUCGAUGGCUCCAAUCACACGCUGCUCUUUGGCCAGAUCGAGAUGAUCCACAAUUUGAACGGAGAGUUUUUGCGCGAGCUGGAGGCGAACAUGGAAAAUGUGGCGCAGGCUUUCCUGAAGAUGGCUCCGUUUUUCAAGCUGUACUCGGUGUACGCCUUUGACUAUCGCGGUGCGCUGUUCCUCAUUCAGGAUCUGAUAAGCAAGAAUCCGGUGUUCCGAAAGUUUCUGGAGAAGACCGAGAGUCGUCCCGAGGUGCAGCGCAAGCUGAACUCGUUGAUGAUCGUUCCCAUUCAGCGGGUGCCGAGAUAUAAGCUUCUACUGGAGCAGGUGUUGCUCUACACGAGCCCUGCAGAUGCGGACUAUAAGCUGCUAAAGGAAUCCGUCAAGGAAAUCGAGGCCACCGCAUCUCACAUCAACACCUGUGUGGAGGAGCAGGAGAUCACCCAGUAUCUGAUUCACUUGCAGAACUCCCUGGUCAACCGCACGCCCAACAUUGUGAAGCCUUCGCGCCGUGUCAUCAAGGAGGGCAUCCUCCAGAAGAUCACGCAUAAAGGUACGGAGAUAAAACGCUACUGCGUGCUCAUGUCAGACAUCUUCAUGUACUGCAAGAUGGUCAAGGACCGUGCCCCGCACACCGCUGUGGAAAACUCUCUCGAGUGCUGCUGCAUUUUUCCACUGAAGAAGUGCAAGGUGUACGAAAUGCUGCCGGGCAACUUCAAGCUGACAUGCCAGAGCGAUGGCAUCAUCUUUGGCACCGGCGAUGUGCAGUUGGCUCGCACAUGGGUCGGAUUUAUCCGCGACGCCAUCGAUCUUCACGUCCAGUGUCGCAAGACGUUGCGCAAGGACUCGAGCAAGAGGACGCCCAUCCGCAAGAAGGAUAUGAAGAAAUUCGGAGCCGAUUAUGUGCUGAGUCCCAACAAACGCAAAUGUGAAUAUGAGACCGUUUUCCGUAACAAAAACCGCAGCACGGACUCCGAGGAGGAGACCGAUGAUAGUGCUUGUUUUCCGCGCAAGCGAAAGGUUCCCUCGGUCAUCUCCCGGACUCCAAAUGCAAGACAUAUUAGCGGAAACCCCACAACUUCCGGGUCUGUAAAACGUUUGGCCCCACCAGCACCGCCACCGCCUCCUUCGUCGGUUCAGUUGCGCCAUCCACCGGGAGGAUCAGGUGAAGCUACUUCUAAGGAAAAUCGCAUUUCCAAGCUAUUCAAAAAUAUUGCCACCGGCGACAAGGUGGCCAAUGUCCGAGGCAUUCUUAAGCGCAGCAAUGUACCGACCACCAACAGCGAUCACGAUCCCAGCUACGGCUUCGCCAGUCGCUACUCGGACUCGAAGUCAUACUUUAGGACUCACAAUGUUGACAAUACCAUACCCACAGUGGUAAAACGCGAGGACCUAUUUAACGGGGAGCAUAUGUUUCCGGUUCAUUUUGGCAUGAGGAACCAGGAGGAGAUUUGCUCACCGCCACAGAAAAAAAGGGUUAAGUUUGACGACACUUUGGAUGCAGUGUCUCUGGCCGUGGACCAGAAACCCUUUGCAUUUCCAAGCAACGAUGGAGGUAACGAGGCAACACCCAAGCCCGUUUCAUUGCGUGGGCGUAUCUAUGAUUUCUUUGCCAAUCUAUUCUAGAAUUAGACGACUUAAGACUUCAUACGUCGUAUACAUUUUUCAUUUACAUCCCCGAUUAUUUACAUCAUUUACAAAUA